GCUGUCGUACGGAGGCCAGAUGGUAACCGAUGUCUUCCCCGCCGGAGAUGCCAUGCAAUAUCCAAAGGAAGCGCUCAAGAACAUGGUGCAAAUUUAGUCCAAGAUGGGGUUCCAGUCAUCAGCUGGCGAGAGAAAGUUCUUGAAUCGAAUGAUGAGGACCAAGUGCCGGAGGACAUGCGGGGGAUGAUUAAUGGAGUGAAGUCGAUUCUUAGCUCGAUGGAUGAUGAUGGAGUAGUAAGCAGUUCACCAUAUGACACAGCAUGGGUGGCCUUGGUAAGGCACCUAAAUGGAAGUGGCGACCCUCAAUUCCCAUCUAGCCUGCAAUGGAUUGCCGAAAACCAGAUGCCUGAUGGCUCAUGGGGGGACUCAAUUUUCUUGGCUCACGAUCGGUUACUCAAUACUCUGGCUUGCGUCGUCGCACUAAAAUCAUGGAAUACUCACCCUGAUAUCUGUGACAGAGGAAUUUCUUUUCUUCGCGACAAUAUGUGGAGGUUGGCUCAGCAAGAAGGAGAGCUGGUGCUCAUGGGCUUUGAGAUCGCCUUCCCUGCUCUCCUAGAGAGAGCCAAGGCCUUGGGGUUGGAACUCCCUUAUGAUGAUACUGCCGUGCAGGAUAUAUAUGCCAGCAGAGACCUAAAGCUGAAGAGGAUCCCAUAUGAUGUGUUGCACAAAAUACCAACAACACUGCUCUAUUCCCUAGAAGGACUGCCUGGUCUGGACUGGGAGAAGCUUUUUAAGCUCCAAUGUGUUGAUGGGUCCUUCCUAACUUCUCCUGCUGGGACGGCCUAUGCUCUCAUGCAGACGAACGACGAGAAGUGCCUCAAUUACCUUCAGAAAACCGUCGAAAGGUUCGAUGGAGGAGUACCCAAUACAUUCCCUGUCGAUCUUUUUGAGCGUCUGUGGGCUAUCGAUCGGUUGGAGCGCCUUGGGAUCUCCCGGUAUUUCGAACCCGAGAUCAAACAAUGCCUGGAUCAUGUCUAUAGAAACUGGACCGAGGAAGGGAUUGGUUGGACGAGGUAUUGUACAGUAUAUGAUGGGGAUGAUACGUCCAUGGGAUUCCGCCUCCUCCGUCUACAUGGAUACGAUGUGUCUCCUGAUGUUUUCAGGCAUUUUGAGAAGGAAGGUCGCUUCUUUUGCUUCGCUGGGCAGUCGAAACAAGAUGUCACUGUGAUGUGCAACCUUAACAGGGCAUCUCAGGUGGCCUUCCCUGGGGAGAAAAUAUUGGAGCAAGCCAAGGAUUUCACAUAUAGAUUUCUCCGAGAAAAGCAAGCUUCCAACCAGUUCCUGGACAAGUGGAUCAUAGCAAAGGACUUGCCUGGUGAGAAUUUCAUUUUGUGCCUUCUAAUAUUCAUUUCUGACCUCAUGAAAUGGAUUGAAGGGAUUUCUAAUUAG